CAUGCAAACCAAAACACAUUAAGUGUGACAAGGCAACCGUCAUAAAACAAUAAAUAUGUCAAAUAUAUAAAUCGAAGACGCUUCCACGAUGAACGCCAGUAAAUUGCAAGUUAAAUCUGAAUGUAUCUGUAAGUUUAUUCGAACUGUAUUAGCUCAGAAGUGAGGAGAGGAGUUAAAUCCAAAUCCUAAAGACCUUAAUCAUAUUUGAUGACGAAACUUUUGUCCUUAAACUUUGACGUGUUUUAAUUAUCAUAUUUACUCUGCCGGCUUAGCAAUUAAGCAAAUGUACGGUUGACCUGGCACAUUUGAUGGAUCACACGGAGAAAGAAGAGAAGAGAAAUCCGUAAUUUUCCCCGUCAAAGCUCUGACAAUUCUCUCUCAUACACGUCCGGUGACGAUAUCAUAGUGUACAUGUACGUAAAUCAAAAUAUAAUCAGCCCACUCCACUUCAUUCGUCAUUUCAUCACAAUUACCUGCUAAUUUCGUACAUACUAUACCUUUAAUCAUUUAUUAAUUAUCCGCAUUACAUCGACUAAUCUGGUUCAAGACGAAGAUGGUCUUUAGCAUUCUUUACAUCAUCACGCGUUAGUUGACAAAUUUUAGUAUAAUGCGGUCAUAAUCACGUAGCUGAUCCGUGUGUGUUGACUUUUCCCUGGACGUCGGUCAACAGUCAUCGAAUAUGUCCGUUUUAAAGAGUCUGACAAAGAUUUCAAUCCAACCCAAAUCUCCUAGUAGACUAGAACCCAGAGUCCAGAGAUAUAAAUCCCUGCAGGUAAUUGGUAAGCAACUGAAACUAAAAACCGGAUAGUGAUGAUCAUGGCGCCUUUCGAGUUCAAUUCCACUACCCAUUUCGUCGCUUCAUACGACUCCACCACGAUCGACGUCUACGAGCUGAUGAUUUCGUCAACAAGCUCACCGCCGUCAGCGGUCAGAGCCACCGACUGCAAGCUCGUCACAAUUAUCGCGACCUGCAGCCGCGACCAGCUGGAGGAGAAUCAAUACGACGCCCUGAAGCUGUUCGACGAGGAGAUCGCAGGACGGGACCUAAGGAAUCUGGCGGAAGACCUCUCCCAGUCGCAUUUCUACGUCAACCCACUCGGGAACACCUUCAUAGACGUAUCCGCCGGCGGCGGAGGAUUCGUUGACCCGGCUUUUGGGGUACAGUUCUUCAGAUUAAACGACACCUUCAACUGGUCCCAAUACGGCGCCGUUAGACCCCCUCCGCCAACUACAGUCGCCAAUCUGUGGGACACCCGCCACGGAUUCCCCUGCCGCAGCGGCGAGAAGAGCGAGGCGAUCGUCGAUUACAAAAAGCAAUUGAAGGAGAAGGACGAGAAAUUGGGGGAAUUGAAGACUCAAUUGAAAUCGCAAACCCUAGAUCUGGAAUCGGCGAAGAGGGAUCUGGAGAAGUACCGCAAGUGGUGCUACGAUUUCAGGUACCGGUACCGCGACACGAUCUCGGCCUCCGAGGCGCCGGCGAAGAUCAGGCGGCGGCGGGUGAAGGUUGCGAGGUCGACGUUUGUGGCCCUGUCGCCGCCGGCGGUGCCGAUCAGUCCCGUGCGGUGUCGGGUGCCGUCGUUUAAGGAGGAGGCGAUCGAUGCGUUCUGGCUGUUGGAUGAGGAUUGCGGUGGGUUGCCUCCGCCGCCGGCGGUCCAGGUGUGGAGUGCCGACGGGAAGUUUGAUGCGGAAAAUUGGUGGUGUAUCAAGGCGAAUCGGAGGGUGCAAGGUGGUGGGGAGACGACGAUGUUGGUGUAUUACGACGGCGAUUUCGAUUAUGCGGUGAUUGAUAAUCCGAUGACGUCGAGAAAGGAGCGGGUUUCGGUGCCGUACAAGGUGAAGAACGGGGAGUUCGCGGCGGAUCGGAAUUUUAGCCUCGGGUAUUUCCCUUUUACUUGGGAGGUCAGGGUUGUGUUUACUUACCGCUGGUAAAAAGAUUAAUGUGCAGUAAUAUGUAUUCCUCUUUUCGUUUAUUUAAGACCAACUAAUUAUUUUCUAUUCGAUUGCUUCGUUUCCUUUUAAAAAAAAUUGAAGAAAAAAAUGGUGUUUGUGAAAUUGUAUCGGAUUAGUUGUCUGAUCAAGACAAUUUUUUAUUAGAAGGUAAAUCGAUAAGUAUUUUUAGAUGUAUUUAACGGUUGAACGACCAUUUAAUCAAAAUAUACCUAUUAUUAACUU